CUUAUCAAUACGUGAGAAAAAUCAGUUUAAUACGGUUUUACCACAUCCUCGUACUUUAGGAAAGUGGUAUUCAAGCAUAGAUGCAGAACCUGGCUUUACUAAUGAAGCAUUGAAAUCGCUAACAUUAAAAGUAACAAACUCUAACCAUCCAAUUUAUUGUAGUCUCAUGCUUGACGAAAUGGCCAUACGACAACAUCUAGAGUUUAGUGGUUCAAAGUACUACGGUCGAGUUGAUAUUGGCAAUGGCUUAGAUAAUGAAAACUUAGUAUUAGCUAAAGAUUGCUUGGUUUUUAUGGUUGUUUCCAUAAAUGAAGGGUGGAAACUUCCAAUUGGUUAUUUUUUAGCUUCUAAUUUAAAUAGCACACAAAAGGCUGAACUGACAAAACAAGCUUUAUAUGCUUUGAAAGCUACUGGUGUACAUAUAGUUAGUCUAACUUUUGAUGGUUGUACAACAAAUGUUACCAUGGCACGGCUAUUAGGUUGUAAUGUUGAUGCUUCAAAUUUACAAACAGCUUUUACAGUAGAAUACGCAGAUAAAGAAAAGGAUGAUAUACCUAUUUUCAUAGAUCCUGCACAUAUGAUCAAGCUAAUAAGAAAUGCUUUUGGCGAAAAACAAAUAUUGCAACAUGAAAACAGAUUCAUCAAAUUUGAUUUUAUCGAACGUUUAUUUUUAUUACAGGAAAAAGAAGGAUGUCAUCUCGCAAAUAAAUUGAGAAAACAGCAUAUUUGUUUUCUUAAGCAAAAGAUGAAAGUAAAAUUGGCCACUCAAUUAUUGAGUAAAUCAGUGGCAGAUGCGCUAAAAUUUUGUAAGCACAAGUUAAAUAUUCCAGAAUUUGAUAAAGUAGACACUACAGUAGAAUUUAUUGAAAUAUUUAAUUCC